AUGCUUUGUGACAACGAUUUCGUUAGCCUUCCCUCAAGCAUUAGAUUCCUUUCCAAGCUUGAUUUUCUUGGAUUGAUAGGGUGCGAAAGGCUUGAGCGAUUGCCAGAUCUUCCUCCAAAUAUAGAAAUGGUAGAUGUAGACGAUUGUAUAUCCUUAAAAAGGUUGCCGGAUCCAUCAAGGCCAGGACCCAAUUUGUAUGAUUUUUGGUUUACUUGUCGUAAUUGCUUCAAAUUGGUUGAAGAGGAAGACUGGAUUAAUGCAAUAUUUGAAAUGAUAAGGACAGCAGCCAUUAAGGAAUGUAGGGCCCGUUUGGUGUACAAGAGAGAUUUGGAAGAAUUCAGCCGUUUGAUGUACGUUGACGAGGCAGGUCCAAUUGGUAGUAGUGGAAGUGAUGGCUCUGAUGAUGACUAUGAACGAGGAAUUGGGAGCUCUGAUGAUGAUGAUGAACAAGGAAUUGGUAGCUCUGAUGUGGAUGAUGAACCAGUCAGCAAAAGAUUGAAGAAAGUCUAA